AUGCUGGUGAAGCGCAGCGAGCGCGGAGGGAACGCGUCUACAGACGCGUCUGGCCCUCCCGCUCCCGACGCAGCGCUCGAUCCGCCCACCACGAGGUCCGGCCUGGUUCGCCAGAUGCCAGUGGCUACGGUGACCCAAGGGAAUGAUGCAGACGGCGAAAUCGCAACUGGCCCUCCCCAAAGCCCAAGCCAGGGACUGGCGCAAAACCCCCUGGAGUAA